AGGUCGUGGGCGACGAUUUUGGGUUGUAGGUACAUUUCCAACAUGCAUAAAUUUGCUAGUAUGGCAUCUUCAGUUUGUUAGUUUCAUGUGCGCCGGACACCGGUGACUAGAAAAAGAUGAAAAUGAGCGCUCCGAGACAACGACAACAAGUAAAACCGACAUGAAGUUGAUGAGGCAAACAGGAGAAGAGUUAUCUUCUCCUUCGGAUGGGAUACCAGAAAAGCAAUGCGCUUGUACCGGUAUCAGACAAUGUGCACACUGCUCAGAUCCGAAGCUUAGGGCUCUAUGGAGACUCCAUCCGCCACGGGACUGGAGUGACAAUAUAGACCUCGCGCUAAGGCUAGACUGGAGCACGAGACUUGCUAGGCCCAUUAUACGAGAAGGUGUGGAUGUGGUGGAGGCAGAGACCUCAUACACCCUGAAAGAUUUAGGUUUGGACGACAAUUUGCGUCUCUGGCACGACUUUGUGUGCCAAGAAGAGCAGGACGAAUUGCUCGGGGUUCUGCACCAAGAGGAAAGUGAUAGAUUCGGGUGGGCAGCUUCUCAAAGUGGAAGGCGGAAGCUUGACUAUGGACCGAAAAUCAAUUACAAGUACGAGAAAAUCGUAGUAAAAAGCUUCGGAUGUCCGCCACAGCAGUUGAGGGAGACUAAGGCGUUUAAGAAGUUGCAGGAGUUGUUUCAAGAAUGCGAAUCAUGUGCAUCGCGCAGCAGUAGAGAAGAUGAGUCCACUUCUACUUCCUCAUUCUCGACGUCUUCGGUCUACGCUUCCAAGACAACAUCCCGCGAACAACAUUUGAAGGAUUGCCUGAUGGCUAGCCUUACCGGGAAUCUACCUCCGACUAGUAGUACAUUGCCAACAUGCAGCGAUGGAGAAGAGAGAGCUCAGCAUGUUCCUGAUCAUGCCAUCGCAGCUUCGUCCUCUUCAUCUUCCACUUCUCCAAUCAGCACCUCUACAACUAGAAGUAAAGCACCUCUACUUCCUAGUCUCUGUCGCACGGGAACCUUUUCUGAGCUAGAGCCUUACCCCUUUCGUCCCGCAGGAUGGUUUUUUCAGGGCUAUGAGGCAGAUGCGGGGAGCAACUUUGACCCUCACAUAGACCACGGCUGGAUAUGGGGAGAUAGGAUCUAUGAUUUGAACCUAAUUUCCGAUUCCGUCUUAACGUUCUUCUCGCCACCUAUGAUUGUGUUACCAGAACAACAUCAACUUCCCCAAGAAGCAGAAAGCGAGUCAAAAAAAGUUAGAAUCCGUCUUGACGUCCCUCUUCCUAAACGAGCUUUGUUGGUCUUCUGCGGUUCAUCAAGAUACGAAUGGGAGCAUGCUGUGUUACCAGGUACGUUUGGGAAGGGUGCGCGUGUGAGCCUUACAGUACGCGAAUUGCAGUGGAAUUGGCAAGAAACGGUUCUAGGCCAAACGUGUCUCACCCUAGCAAACGAAUGCAGUCAAGAGGAACAGAGGGCAUUCAAGUUGGAGUUAGAUGAAAAGGAGCGCGAUGAACACGAAGAAUGUCGUGAUGCUCCUAAAAAUCGGGUACAACGGAAAGGAAGGAAAAUGCCGCCGCCUCGUCAAGGGCAACAUUUCCUGACAUCGUUUAACGACGACAUGAUGAUGAAAGUCAAAGUGACCUCCAAUGGUGGAGCUUGAACAGAAUGUCAUCGAUUUCUAGUUACCAAUUUCCUCCAUUUUUACCCAUGUCCACUCGCACUUUUCAAUGCCUAUAAUUUGGGGCUUAAGAACCUCGUCUAAGAUCUUCAAGAGAUCUCAUUUCUUCAAACGAUACGAACAUCACCCGCGUGAUACUGAAAGAGCCAUCGCGCAUGAUGGAAAAAGUUAAAGUGUUUGAGGAUACUGAUAUUGUCUUUGGAAGUAUCAUGUAACUAGU